AUGUCCUCCGAGAAGGCUAGUGUCUCGGGCCUGAGCGUAGGUAUAUCUACGGCUCGCGUCCAGACGCUUUCGUUUAUGGAUGUCAUUGAUCGGCUCCCGCCGAGCAUGAUCCAGUUGCUGGCGAUCCUCGCGCCGGCGAUCCAUGUGAUUCACCACGUCCUGCGUCUAGUGACAUGGCGCGGUGGGUACGUGAUGCGUGUGCAAUCGUGGCUCUUGUUCCUGUGUUAUAUCCUUACGUGCAUGUACGGCUACGAAGUUUUGCGCUACGCCCCCCAAGCGAUUGUUCUUUCGAUCAUUGGGUAUGCAUGGCUCCGCAAAUCCUUUUCGCGCGUCACGGGGCAGCGUCGUGCCGCGGACGAGCGUGGAAGUGCACAGACAAUUCGUAUGGCCGUCGCGCAGCUCACAGACAUUGCCGACUUUGUUGCGGCCGUGUACGAAGGCCUCAUUCGCCCUGUGUUUGAUGUGCUCACCUGGAACGUCGCGGGGAUCGGCCCUGUGCACCUCGUUACGUUCCUCCUUGUGACAUGGCCAUUAUGGCUUCUCUGUGUGCUUCCCGUGCACAUGUGGCUUACCCCGAUCUACUAUGUCUCGACGACGUGGUCGGCCGUAGCUGCCAGUGCGCCGCUGGUCGCGCUGCGCACGUACCUUCACGGCACAGUGUUCCCUGCCGUGCACGCGCAUGCGCAGGUGCAUGCGCCUCGCAUGCUUGAUAUGUACCAACGUGGCGAUCACUUUGUGCAUACGUACAUGGGGCCAUGGGUGUGCGCCAUGGUGCGCCUGCUGCCAUGGUCGAACGAGCGUAUUUCGCUGCAAGUGCUGCCGCCCUUCCCGAUUGCCUCGUUGACGUUGCGACAUGUGCUGCUGAUCGUCGGUGUAGUGGCCUUGACAUGGUGCUCGCCCUGGGCCACGCUGCUGCGGGCGGCGCUCUGGCGCAGUGCGAUGGUGCGUCGCAGUGUCAUGACGCUGGUGCGUCUUGGCAGUGGCAGUGAUGCCUUGGCGAUGUCGCUGCGUCCAUCGGCGAAGGCCAAGAUGGUCGGUGGCCGUCGCUCGUCGGUCGAGCAUGAAACAGAGUUUGUGUUUGAGAUCUACGAGAACCAGCGCUGGUGGAUCGGCCUCGACUGGACGGCGGCGCUGCUGCCGCAGGAGCGCCCAAGCUGGUCGGAUAGCGACAACCAAGCCGUGGCGCCACCUGCAUCGUUCUCGUUGCCACGCGGCACGCGUGUGCGUAUGCCCUCGUCGACCUCCCCAGGCAAAGACGAUGUGCGUGUGGCCGAAUGGCGCUGGGUCGAUCCGGAGUGGCACGUUGCCGGCGUGCAGACGAUCACGUCGGAUAGCUACACGCCGAAGGAAGAUAUGGACGCUGUGGAGGCACAGCGUGUCGCCAAGGAAGUGGCUGCUUCGAGCCAAGAGCCCAUUGUGCCGGAAGAAGUGCUCAACGUGGCACGCCCCGUCACCACCGAGUCGGGCGUCAGUAUGGAUGUCGAUGCGGAAGGUUGGCAGUACGGCGAUAAUACUUGGGAGAAGCUCAGCAAGCAGAGCGGUAUGGGCCGCUAUACACGUCGACGACGUUGGCUGCGCAAGGCAGUGCUCAUCGAGUCGGUCGAGUACGGCGUCCAACGCAACGAUUAA